AUAUUGAAAAUAGCAUAUCUUUUAAAAUGUUUUUUAAUAAUUUUUUAUUGAAUUAUUGAAACAAAUGAAAUUUCAAAUGGUGCUGAGUGGUUAAGAUACAACUAUUAACUUUCUACAUCGUAUAUCAAUAAUUUGUUGUUAUAUAUCUUAAAUAAUUGGAUGCUUAAAUCAAUGCAUAAAUCAAUAGUUACGAUUUAUUUAUUAUUUUAUAAUAAAUGAUACUCGUUGAGAAUACAGUAAGAGAUUUUUUUGUAUUUAUCCAUUUAUAUCCAAUUUAAAAUAAAAACUUUUGCAUUAUAAAGAGAACGAACCGUACAAAUUUAUUUGUUUCUAAAUAUAUUUUAGAAAUAUCAAAAGUAUUAAAACUUCUAAAUAUUUAAAAAAUUUGUAUGCUUCCUUCUCAACGAAUAUAAUUGUCACAACAAUGAGCAAUACUUAAAUAUUAAUCUGUGAUACAUCGACUUUUACUAUUUGUUUCUUUAUCCGUACGUAUAUAUGUUUCGUGUGCACGUGUAUAUAUUGUAAAACUGUCAACUAACUAUUGAUUUGUAACAAGACGAAACAAAUGUACGAGACAAUCUUAGCUGUUAGCUAAUGCCAAAGUUAAUUGUAAAUUUAUGCAUUGUAUCAAUUACUGUUCGCAAAAUGGUUGGAUUUUUAAAUGAUUCUCGGUAUCUCGGUAUAUUUUGAGAAUGACAAAUGCUAUUUGUAUAUAUGUAAAUAAACUGUUACGAUAUCUAUUAUACAAAACGUGUCAUGUUCCAUUAAGUUGUAUAAAAAUUUAAAAGUAUAGAACAAAUAUGUAUUUGAAUUUCGCGUUACUGCAGUUCUACUUGAGACGGAACACAGAGACGUGUGUACACAAGAGAUCGUAUUGAUGAUGAUAAUAGGACAUGUAACAUGUAAAUGAGACAGUUGGAAGAUGCUGAAAAUAACUUAAUGCGUUCCUUGGACGUAUACAAAGUGUGUGUUACCAUCGUUAAUUGUUAACAUCGUGCUUUGAGUUGCAAAAGUACAGUGAGAAAAAAAAUGAAUUGGUAUCAAAUAGCUAAUAUGAUUUGUAUCGUAAAAUGUGUAAUAUUGGCGACAACUAAUCAGCAUACUUGGGCUCGAAACUUCAAAUUGUGUGAUGGAAAAUUGCAGUCCCCGAUAUCCAUAUCGUCGUUUAAAUCGAUAACUCUUCCACUGCCUGCGCUUGAGAUAAUUGGGUAUCGUGAUUUUUUGCCCAGUCCAUUGUAUCUAAAGAACAAUGGUCAUUCAGUCGUAGUGAAUGUAAAGAAUCAUUUAAGAAAAAGGUUGCCUUAUAUAUUUGGAGGAUCGCUCGACAUAAAUCAAGAAUAUGAAAUAGAUCAUUUGCACUUUCAUUGGGGUGCAAAAAAUAACAGGGGAUCUGAGCAUGUGUUGAAUGGUAUUAGGUAUCCUAUGGAAAUGCAUAUAGUUCAUAGAAAUAGGAUUUAUUCAAAUUUGUCCAAUGCAUUAAAUCACAAAAAUGGUCUUGUAGUUUUAGGGAUCUUCUUCCAAGAAGAAGAUAACGAAUCGUUGUAUUCUAUCAUAAAUCACUUGACAAGCGUGCGAUGGUUAAAUAAGGAAAUAAAAUUAAACACAUCUGUAACACUGGCUUCGUUGCUACCCAAAAAUACAGAUGUAUUUUAUAGCUAUAAGGGUUCCUUGACUACACCUCCGUGUAACGAGAGAUUUUCUCCUUUAUUUGUACUUAUUUCUACGUGUGUUGUUUGUUCGCAGUUAAAUAAAUUUAGAUUACUUUCCGGUGGAAAUAAAUUGAUAGCUGAUAAUUACAGAAAAUUACAAAAUAUCGGACUCAGAAAAGUGUACGUUAGGAAGUUAAAUCCACGUUUAUUUGCGAAAUAUAACGAAACGAUUUUUAACGUCGCGGAUUUGGACUGGUUUUGGCACUAA